GCUGUACCUGUGUACGCGGUAGUGAGCGAGACGAGAGAAAGGAGGAGGAGCGGCGGGCGAGAGCGGCGGGCGGUGGAUGGCGAUGGCUGGCGGCGGGGGACUGAAUCGGUCGUCGUCGAGGGGGCAGCUGCCGCCGCAGGAGCUGCUCGACGAUCUCUGCAGCCGGUUCGUGCUGAACGUGCCCAAGGAGGAUUUGGAGUCGUUCGAGCGGAUCCUGUUCCUGCUGGAGCAGGCGCACUGGUUCUACGAGGACAACUCGGUCGAGCACAACCCCUCCCUGAAGUCCCUCUCCUUCAAGGACUUCACCUCCCUCAUGUUCAACAGCUGUGCAGCUCUCAGGCCCUACCGUGCGCACCUGGACGACAUCUACAAGGACUUCACCCACUACAAGUUCCGUGUCCCCGUCUCCGGCGCCAUCAUCCUCGAUGACACCUAUGAGAGGUGCUUACUUGUGAAGGGAUGGAAGUCUAGUGCUAGCUGGAGCUUCCCUCGUGGAAAGAGGAGCAAAGAUGAAGAAGAUCAUACAUGUGCAGUUAGAGAAGUUCUGGAGGAAACUGGGUGUGAUGUUUCUAAGCUUUUGAAAAUGGAUGACCACAUUGAAGUUUCAAUUGGACAACAGAGAGUUCGUCUCUACAUUAUUACGGGCGUUAAGGGAGAUACAGUGUUUGCACCUCAAACUAAGAAAGAGAUCAGUGAAAUCUCAUGGCACAGAAUUGAUGAUCUUCUACCUGCUAGUGAUGAUGCGAUAUCUCGUGGAGUGAAUGGAAUGAAGCUUUAUAUGGUUGCACCAUUUUUGACGGGUCUGAAAGCUUGGAUAGCCAUGCAUCGUCCCCAACUGCAUCAGAAGUCAGAUACAUCUGCUAGAGGUACCGUGUGGAAAGCGAAGAACCCCUCAGGAGUUUUCGUACCUGUCGAGAACCCUGUCAUUACUAGAGGAGGACCCGACCAACAACAUAUCGACAACCGCCCGGGUAGAAGCUUCAGAAGCUUCAGAUUUGAUACGGCAAGCAUCCUACAGUCUAUGGAUGCUUCAUUUCAACGUGCCUAGGAUCCUGACGAAGCAUGAAACCGUGUGCCCUUGAUGUGUAUAGACUAUGAACGGGUGUUGCUGCAUUUCUAUGAACGGGUGUUGUCUGUUGUUAGCUGCAUUUCAUGACAGCACGCCAUUUUCAUCUUCUCAUGUCCCUAUCUGUUGCUAUCUGUAAUCUAGAAUGCAACAAAUGCUUCUAUCGUCCUUGGAUUGUGAUGAUAUCAACGACGUUUCGCUAUCCUGAUUUCCUGCUUUUUGGUAA